GCCUUGCUGCCGCCAUCUUUGUUAGGGGCAGCGGGCCGGGCUCCGAGAUGCCGAAGUCGUGCGCGGCCCGGCAGUGCUGCAACCGCUAUAGCAGCCGCAGGAAGCAGCUCACCUUCCACCGGUUCCCCUUCAGCCGUCCGGAGCUGCUGAAGGAGUGGGUGCUGAACAUUGGCCGGAUCGGCUUCAAGCCCAAGCAGCACACGGUCAUCUGCUCUGAGCACUUCAGACCUGAGUGCUUCAGUGCCUUCGGGAACCGUAAGAACCUGAAGCACAAUGCUGUGCCCACCGAGUUCGCCUUUCAGGACCCCACACAGUUGGUGAGGGAGAACACAGACCCAGCUGGCACGCGAGGAGAUGCCUCCCCUGAGAGAGAGGUCUGUCCCGAGGCGGUGGCUGGUGGGGACAGCCCAGGAAGGAACAUGGACGCCACGCUUGAAGAGUUUCAGCUGCCUCUAAACACCGAAGGCCCGGGGAAACGGGUAUUAACACAGAGAACAGAAGCAACGGAGGCCCCUGGUGGGCCCACUGGCCCCAUGGGGCUGAGAAGGCCCCUUCCAGGGCAGCCGUCUGAUCACAGCUACGCCCUUUUGGAUUUGGAUGCCCUGAAAAAAAAACUCUUCCUCACGCUGAAGGAAAAUGAGAAGCUCCGAAGGCGUUUGAAGGCCCAGAGGCUGCUGAUGCGGAAGAUGUGCAGCCGUCUGCGUGCCCACAGAGAGGGACAGCGGGGCCCACGGCCUGGAGUCCCACCACCACAGUGGAGCUGAGCUGGAGCUGAUUGGGGGUGGCAGCAACACCCGUGCAGGUGGUGGUUUGGGGCUGUGCUGUGCACAUCUCCACCUGCUGCUGAUGCUGGUAGGGUGGGCUUGAGACCUGUGGGGGCCACGUGGCCACCAGGUGAGGGGUCCAAGUGCUGUGGCGUUGAGAGGUAUGUGCUUGGGCCACUUGGGCUGAGGCUGGUGGCUGUGGAGCUGUCCUUGCAGCACAGCGACCAAGUGUGAGGAGCUAGCCCAGUUUGUCAGAGCUACUUCCUGAGGGAAGGGGUUCCCCUCCCAGGGCACCCCCUCCAGGGACAUGCAUAUCCAUGUGGUCUCUUUCCUCAGAGACCACUCCGCUCUGAUGGCAGGGUGAGGGGUCCCCUCCAUCAGCCUGGCAGCCAGCAGUGUGAUCCAGGCAGCCUACGACACCUCUCCUGGGCUGGUUUACAUGAACAUGGAAUAAACGUCUUUACACUGCA